GUUGUUUUCUCUAACCGAACCGUAAACGCGAAGCGAAUUCCAAGCGAAGCCGCUACCGAAAGCUACAGCAACAGCAAAUUUCACUCACGAAAGUUUCAAGUUUCGUGACAGCGAAUUCAACACAAUCGUUGUUGACCGUGACCGCCGUGUGUGUGCUGUUAUCCAGCAACCCAAACGAGCGAAUCGUUCCACCGAGAACUUGAAGAAUCAUCUAGGAGCAGUAACAGAGCAGAGUACAGUGAUGGUUGUCGCAGUGAAAGUAUUCAAAAAGUCCUCACCCAAUGGCAAGUUGACCGUGUACCUGGGGAAACGUGAUUUUAUUGACCACACCGACUACUGCGACCCGAUCGAUGGCGUCGUCGUGCUGGGCGAGGAGUACUUGCGGGGCCGCAAGGUCUUCGGGCAGCUCAUUACCACCUACCGCUAUGGCCGCGAAGAGGAUGAGGUGAUGGGUGUGAAGUUCUCGAAAGAGAUGGCCCUAACCAAGGACCAGAUCUACCCGAUGGAGAACGCCAACAUGGAGAUGACGCCGAUGCAGGAGCGCCUGGUCAAGAAGCUGGGCGCCAAUGCGUUCCCCUUCACCUUCCACUUCCCGGCCAUGGCCCCGAGCUCGGUCACGCUGCAGGCCGGUGAGGACGACCAGGGCAAACCGCUGGGCGUCGAGUACGCCAUCAAGGCGUUCGUCGGCGAGGAUGCCGAAGAUAAGGUCCACAAGCGCAGCACCGUCAUCCUGACGAUCAAGAAGCUGCAGUACGCCCCGACCACCCGCGGCCGCCGGCUCCCGUCGUCGCUCGUCAGCAAGGGCUUCACGUUCUCGCAGGGCAAGAUCAACCUGGAGGUGACGCUGGAUCGCGAGAUCUACUACCAUGGCGAAAAAAUUUCCGCCAACAUCGUCGUAACGAACAACUCUCGCAAGACCGUCAAGAGCAUCAAGUGCUUCGUCGUGCAGCACUGCGAGGUGACGAUGGUGAACGCUCAGUUCAGCAAGCACAUCGCCUCGCUGGAAACGCGCGAAGGAUGCCCCAUCACGCCCGGCGCUAGCUUCACGAAGUCCUUCUUCCUGGUCCCGUUGGCUUCGAGCAACAAGGACCGCCGGGGCAUUGCCCUCGAUGGUCACCUGAAGGAGGACGACGUGAACCUGGCCUCGUCCACGCUGAUCGGCGACGGCAAGUGUCCGUCGGAUGCGAUGGGUAUCGUCAUCUCGUACUCGCUGCGUGUCAAGCUGAACUGCGGCACUCUCGGCGGCGAGCUGCAGACUGACGUUCCGUUCAAGCUGAUGAACCCGGCACCCGGAACCAUCGACCGGGAGCGAGUCAACGCGCUCAAGAAGAUGAAGUCGAUAGAGCGUCACCGUUACGAGAACUCGCAUUACGCCGACGACGAUGACAACAUCGUGUUCGAGGACUUUGCCCGGCUGCGAAUGAACGAACCGGAGUAGAGUGCACGCGCACCCGACGCUUCCUGCUCUCCGUCCGUUGAUGGUGCGCCCUGCAAAAGGGGUUCCAUCUGGACGUGCCUUGCGUUUCUAGCGUUUCAAUCAGUUUUCCCUAUUCUUUGGUGCACCCCGUCUGACCGAUGCGUCCCUGCGUCCCUAGAGAGAGCGCUCAGGGACCGUGCUAGAGAACCCCCGGGAGGGAUGGACUUGGCCGUGUCCUAUACCUGAGUCGCGUAACUACGCCUAUGUGAUAACACCUUCGAUGCUAGUUUAACCAAAGCGAGGCGCCGCAGUAGAGCUCCCCUAUUUUAGCGUUACUCAAAAGAGCAGCAUUAUGCAACAACGAAAAAAGAAAAUGUUCGAAAAAUCAACAAAAAAAUGAAGGAAAAAUGAAUCAUUAGACGAUACCAAUUUGAUUCAUCGAUCAAUUGACACGCCACCGGGGACUGCGCAGUCAGAGGACCGGAGAACAAGUGAAACGAAACCUAACCCAGUGGGGCAGUGGUGCCAGCCACACCAAUUGAUCGAUCAAUCGAAGAGCAACACUAUGUUUUGGAGAAGGAGAACAUAAGCACGAAAACGGGAAAAACGGACUCACAGAAGAAUCCAACCAAAAAAAACCAAACUAACAAGCAAACAUGAAAACACCAGAAGUGAACGAAAUCGAAUCGAAAUCUAGUGCAGCUCGAUCGGGGGCGAC